AUGGGUCUGACCGAACCGGCAACUCUCUCCUUCUCACUCUCUCUCCCUUUCAUCAUUUACAGUGUUCUCAUUCUCCUCUCAUUACAGCUGCCAGAGACAGAAUCGGUUGAGUGUUACGACUGCGUCUAUCCAACGGCCACAAACUGUCUUGAUGGAAGUUUCGCUUCCGAUACAAUCAAAUGUACUGGGAAAUACUGCUUACUAACUUCUGUUUAUCAAAUUAAAAAAAAGGAGUAUCAAAUCGUGAGAACGUGUAGUGACGGGAACGAUUCCAUGCCUCUUGGUUGCAAAACGCUGAAAGAAGAACCAAUAACAAUGUCUCUAUGCACCUGUAACACUGAUAAAUGCAAUGUCAGGAGCAAUCUUAACGAGACGGAACUCUGCCCUCCCACCAAACCAAACACAGGCUCUGGUUUGAAUUCUGCAAUCUGGGUGAUUGUCGUCCAUAUGGUUGUGUUGCUGCUGUGA